AUGCAAAUGAUGCAUAAUAUUGUAAUGGAUAUCGCAAACUACCUAGUUAUACACAAUCCUCAUGUUAAUAAUUGUGAAAAAAGUUUUGUUCAAUAUUUAGGAAUAGUUAUUCAAAUACUAUUAAUGAUGUAUCUAGCUGUAUAUUUUGUUUUUGUACUAUCGCCGGAAAAUUUUUUAUCUACAACGUAUGCUGAAGAAUAA